GAGAUCCCACAGGAGGAAGGGGGAUGGGGAAUUUCAACAUGCAGGUGAACUGGGAGAAACAGUUUGGUGCUGUACCCCAGGAUGGGGAGUUUGUAGAGUGCCUACGGGAUGCAUUCUUGGAACAGCUUGUACGAGAGCCGACCAGGGACAAGGCUACUCUGGAUUUAGUCUUGUGUAAUGAACCCGAUUUGAUCAGCGAUCUUGAAGUAAAGGAGCCAUUGGGAGGUAGUGACCAUAACAUGAUCUGUUUUUAUCUGCAGUUUGAGAAGGAUAAGGGCAGCUCGGAGGUGUCAGUGUUGCAGUUGAACAGGGGUAACUAUGAAGCCAUGAGGGAGGAGCUGGCCAAAGUUGACUGGACGGAUAUCCCAGCAGAAAAGUCAGUGGAACAGCAAUGGCAGUUUGAGAAGGAUAAGGGCAGCUCGGAGGUGUCAGUGUUGCAGUUGAACAGGGGAAACUAUGGAGCCAUGAGGGAGGAGCUGGCCAAAGUUGACUGGACGGAUAUCCCAGCAGAAGAGACCAUGGAACAGCAAUGACAGGUAUACUUGGGAAUAAUGCACAAGGUGCAAAAUCAGUUCAUCCCCCAGAGAAAGAAGGAUUCAAAGGGGGGAAAGGGGCCACAGUGGUUGACAAAGGAAGUCUGAGAUUGCAUAGCAUUAAAAAAAGGAAGUAUGACAGAGCUAAGGUGAGUGGGAGGACAGAUGAUUCGGAAGUUUUUAAGGAACAACAGAACUUAACUAAAAAGGCAAUACGGGGAGAAAAAAUGAGGUACGAAUGCAAGCUAACCAGGAAUAUAAAGGAAGAAAGCAAAAGCUUUUUUACCUAUGUGAAGAGAAAGAAGACAGUUAAGAACAAUGUUGGGCCCUUGAAGAAUGAAUUGGGUGAAAUUGUUAUGGGAAACAGAGAAAUGGCAGAAGAAUUUAAUGAGUACUUUAGAUCUGUUUUCACUAAGGAAGACACAAGCAAUCUCCCAGAUGUAUGGAUGGGCCAAGGACAUAGGGUAACAGAGGAAAUGAAACAGAUUGACAUUAGGAAGGAAACAGUGAUGAAUAGACUGAUGGGACUGAAGGCUGACAAAUCCCCAGGUCCAGAUAGUCUGCAUCCGAGGGUACUAAAGGAGGUGGCCCUGGAAAUUGCGGAUGCAUUGGUAAUCAUUUUCCAAUGUUCCUUAGAUUCAGUAUCCGUUCCUGAGGAUUGGAGAAUGGCUAAUGCUAUCCCACUUUUUAAGAAAGGAGAAAGGGAGAAAACAGAGAACUAUCGACCUGUCAGCCUGACAUCAGUAAUGAGGAAGAUGCUAGAGUCCAUUAUUAAAGAUGAAAUAGUGGCAUAUCUAGGUAGCAGUGAUAGGAUUGGGCCGAGCCAGCAUGGAUUUACCAAGGGUAAAUUUCCCAACUAAUCUGUUUGAGUUUUUCGAGGAUGUAACCAGGAAGUUAGACGGGUGAGAUCUAUUGGAGGUACCUCGAUUUUCAGAAGGCAUUUGAUAAGGUCCCACAUAGGUGAUUGGCGUGUAAAAUCAAAGCUCAGGGCAUCGGGGGGAAGACAUUGACAUGGAUAGAAAACUAGUUGACAGAUAGAAAGCAAUGGGGAGCGGUGAAUGGGUGUUUCUCGGAAUGGCAGGUUGUGACUAGUGGGGUGCCACAGGGCUCGGUAUUGGGACCACAGCUGUUUAUAAUUUACAUCAACUAUUUAGAUGAAGGCAUUGAGAAUAACAUCAGCAACUUUGCUGAUGAUAGUAAGCUGGGUGGCAGUGUGACAUGCGAUGAGGAUGUUAGGAGAAUUCAGGGUGACUUGGAUAGGCUGGGUGAGUGGGCAGAUACUUGGCAGAUGACGUUUAAUGUGAAUAAGUGUGAGGUUAUCCACUUUGGGAGUAAGAACAGGAAGGCAGAUUAUUAUCUGAACGGUGUAGAGUUAGGUAAGGGAGAAAUACAAAAUCUAGGAGUCCAUGUUCAUCGGUCACUGAAGGUGAAUGAGCAAGUGCAGCAGGCAGUGAAGAAGGCUAAUGGAAUGUUGGCCUUUAUUACAAAGGGAAUUGAGUACAAGAGCAAGGAAAUCCUCUUGCAUUUGUACAGAGCCCUGGUGAGACCACACCUGGAGUAUAGUGUUCAGUUUUGGUCUCCAGGGUUAAGGAAGGACAUCCUGGCUGUAGAGGAAGUGCAGCGUAGAUUCAUGAGGUUAAUUUCUGGGAUGUCUGGACUGUAUUACGCAGAGAGAUUAGAGAGACUGGGCUUGUACACACUGGAAUUAAGGAGAUUGAGAUGGGAUCUGAUUGAAACAUAUAUGAUUAUUAAGGGAUUGGACAAGAUAGAGGCAGGAAAUGUUUUCCUGAUGUUGGGAGAGUCCAGUACCAGAGGGCAUGGUUUGAGAAUAAGUGGUACGUCAUUUAGGACAGAGUUAAGGAAAAACUUCUCCCAGAGAGUUGUGGGGGUCUGGAAUGCACUGCCUCGGAAGGUAGUGGAGGCCAAUUCUCUGGAUGCUUUCAAGAAGGAGCUAGAUAGGUAUCUUAUGGAUAGGGGAAUCAAUGAAUACGGGGACAAGGCAGGAACCGACUAUUGAUAGUAGAUGCUCAGCCAUGAUCUCAAAAUGGCGGUGCAGGCUCGCAGGGCCGAAUGGUCUACUUCUGCACCUAUUGUCUGUUGUCUAUUGUCCCACUGGAGGAAGGGGGAUGGGGAAGAGACAACCCACAGUUGGAAGAUGGAUGGGGAAGAGAGAUCCCUCAGGAGUAAGUGGGAUGGGGAAAAAAUUUCCGGCAGGAGGAAGUGCAUGGGGAAGAGUGAUCCUACAGAAGGAAGCAGAAUGAUGAUGAGAGAUCCAACAGGAGGUAGAGGGAUGGGAAAGAGAAAUCCUACAGAAUGGAAAUGGGAAAGAGAGAUCCCACAGAAGGAAAGGGGCUGGUGAAAAUGAUCUCACAGGAGUAAUGGGGAUAGGGAAGAGAGAUCCCACACGAGGAAGUGGGAUGGGGAAGAGAGAUCACACAGGAGGAAGAGGGAUGGGGAAGAGAUGUCUCUGAGCAGGAUGUGCAUAUAGAAGACAGAACCUGGAGUAGGAAGCUGAAUCAGGAAGAGAGAUCCCACUGGAGGAAGGGGAACUGGGAAGACAGCUCCCACAGCAGGAAGGGGUGUGGGGAAGAAACACCCCACAGGAAGUAGGGGAUGAGGCAAUGCGAUCCUGCAGGAAGAAGUGCGAUGGGGAAAAGAGGUCCCACAGCAGUAGGGGGUAUGGGGAAGAAAGAUACCACAGGAGGAAUGGGGAAAGGAAAGAGAGAUGCUAGGGGAGGAAGGGGAAUGGGAAGGAGAGGUCCCACAGGAGGAAGGCAGAUGGGGAAAGGAGAUCCCACAGGUGGAAGAGGAUGGGAAGAGAGAGCGCACACGAGGAAGGGGAUGAGGAAAUGAGAUCACGCAGGGAGAAGUGGGAUGGGGAACAGAGUUCCCUCAGGUCGAAGGGGGAUAGAAAAGAGAGAUCCUACGGGAGAAAGGGAAUGGGAAGGAGAGUUCCCACAGGAGGAAGGUGGAUGGUGAAGGGAGAUCCAACAGGAGGAAGAGGGAUGGGGAAGAGAGAUUCCACAGGACGAAAGAGAUGCGGAUGAGAGAUCCCACAGGCAGAAGGAGAAAGGGGAAGAGAUAUCCCGCAGGAGGAAGGAGAUCGCGAAAAGAGAUCCCUCAGGAGGAAGGUGAAUGGGGAAGAGAUAUCCCACAGCACUUGGGGGUAUGGGGAAGAGAGAUCCCACAGGAAGAAGUGGGAUGGGGAACAGAGUUCCCACAGGUUGAAGGGGGGAUAGAAAAAAGAGAUCCUAUGGGAGAUAGGGGAUGGGAAGGAGUGACCCCACAGGAGGAAGGCGGAUGGUGAAGGGAGAUCCAACAGGAUGAAGAGGGAUGGGGAAGAGAGAUCCCACAGGAGGAAGGGGGAUGGGUAAAGCAGAUCCAACACGAGGAAGGGGGAUGGGGGAGAGAUCCCACAGGAGGAAGGGGAUGGGUUAUCGACAUCCAAGCGGAGAAAGGGGAUGGGGAUGAGAGAUCCCUCAUGAAGAAGAGUGAUAGGCAUGAGAGAUCCCACUGUAAGUGGGAUGAGGAAAGAGAUCCGACAGGAGGAAGGGGAUGGGAAGAGAGAUACCACAGGAGGAAAGGGAUCCGGAAGAGAGAUCACACAGGAGGAAGGGGGAUGGGGAAGUGAGAUCCCACAGGAGGAAUGGGGAUGGGGAAGAGAGAUCCUACGGGAGAAAGGGAAUGGGGAGAGAUCCCACAGGAGGAAGGCGGAUGGUGAAGGGAGAUUCAACGGGAGGAAGAGGGAUGGGGAAAAGAAUUCCUUCAGGAGGAAGGGGAAUGGGGAAGAGAGAUCCCGCAUGAGAAAGGGGGACAAGGAAGAGAAAUCCCACAGGAGGAAGGGGGAUGGGUAAUGGAGAUCCCACAAGAGGAAGGGGGAUGGGGAGGCGAAAUCCCACAGGAGGAAGGGGAUGGGUUAUCGAGAUCCAAGAGGAGAAAGGGGAUGGGGAAGAGAGAACCCUCAUGAAGAAGAGUGAUGGGGAUGAGAGAUCCCACAGGCGGAUGGGAAUGGGGAAGAGAGAUCCCACAGUAAGGGGGAUGAGGAAAAUGAUCCGACAGGAGGAAGGGGAUAGGGAAGAGAGAUACCGCAGGAAGAAAGGGAUCGGGAAGAGAGAUCACACAGGAGGAAGUGGGAUGGGAAAGAGAGAUCCUAUAGGAGGAAGGGGGAUGGGGAAAAUAAUCACUUGGGAGGAAGGGGGAUGGGUAAAGGAGAUCCAGCACGAGGAGGGGGGAUGGGGAAGAGAGAUCCCACAGGAGGAAGGGGGAUGGGGAAGGGAGAUCCCACAGGAGGGAUUGGUGAACGAGAUCCAAGAGGAGAAAGGGGAUGGGGAUGGGAGAUCCCUCAUUAAGAACAGUGAUGGGGAUGAGAGAUCCCACAGUAUGUGGGAUGAGGAAAGAGAUACGACAGGAGGAAGGGGAUGGGGAAGAGAGAUACCACAGGAGGAAAGGGAUCCGGAAGAGAGAUCCCACAGGUGGAAGCGGGAUGGGGAAGAGAUAUCCCACAGGAAGAAGGUGGAUGGGGAAGAGAGAU